UUUAAAAAUUGCUUGCCAACAACAAUUACAAAUGACUGCAGUUGCGCAGCAAUUUAUUUGCAGGCGGUAUCUGCUAAACGAUGAUGAAUUAUCCGAUACUUUUGAUUUACUCGAUUUGGACAAGGAUGGAAGAUUAAGUCGAAAUGAGAUUGCGGCUUUAUUGAGAUCUUCGGCUAAGAUAGAACCAACAAGGAAAGAAUUGGAUUUUUUGUUUAGUGAAAUGGACCAUGAAAAUUCCGGAAAAAUUGACAAGCAAUCAUUUGUAACCUAUCUUCGUUGCCCUCUAAUCAAUCGAAUAACGGUUAAAGAACUUCGUAACCAAUUUAAAGAAAUUGCAUGGAAUGGGGACGGUUCUAUUACAAAGGAAGAUCUAAGUCACAUUUUAGCAAAAACAGCAGACUUGAAAGAUGAAAAUGCUGUUGAAGUUUUAUUUGAAACAAUUGACCAAGAUCAAGACGGAAGAAUUUCUUUUGAGGAAUUUAUCAGAAUGAUGCGGGAAUAA